GCUUAUUCGAGUCAGAACGUUCCGACGGCAAGCAAGCGAAAUCGCUUGCAUGACUUCUUCCUAGAAGUUUUCUUAAGCGUCAAAAAAAGUGUUUCAGCUUCAUUUCCACAAGUUCUUCUUCAUUUUCGUAGCUUCCUUCUGAUUCUGUAGAGAAGUAUGAUCUGAAGUACCUAGAGUUAGAAGAUUCUCCUGAGAGCAGAAGUGUUGAAUUAUAUAUGUUUUGAGCUCUAACUUGUUGCUUGGACGAAUCCAGGUUGCAAGGUGAGCACAUCGCGCAAUUGCUCAACUUCGGUUUUUUGGGACCGCAGAACGCUCUCUUUGCGGAUCAACAGAGAUUUUGGCUCAGUAUGACGCGCUAUUCAGAAUCGUGUCAGCGGUAUCGCGAAGUCCACUUAGCGCAAGUGGUCAAAGACGAACAUAAACUCAUAAACCGGUUUUAUUGUUAUGGAGAUGGAUGGAUGGAUGGAGGGGCAUGGGCAACAUGGGUUUUUUUUGCAGGUUGCUGUAGUUGUAGUGAGUUCAAGAUUCUAAUCAAGAUUGACCUAGAACAAGGAGGCGUGUGGUCUCCUUUACUACAACUGAAACUUUCUUAUCCUAGUUCACACCUAGCCCUACUAGCCCUACUAGGCCUACUUAUCUUGAUUAAUCAGCACCUUCAUUAUAAGAAGUUCUCUAUCUUCUCGUUCUCCGAGAUUCGACCAUGUUCCUCUGCAUCUAAUCUCCGGAAGUUGUUCCCCACUGUCUAGCAAUGUAUGCGCAGAUGCUGGAAGCUGUGGCCUUUUUGCAGGGCUUGAGAAUAAUACACCACGACUUGAAACCAGACAAUUUCUUCGUGAACCUGGAGCGAAGCUACGGUGAUAUCGUAAAAAGUGGAGGCGGCGGCAAGGCUUGUAGUAUUAAGGCUCGUCUUCAAGAAGACAGAGGAGAAGAAACAGCAAGUCCGUCGUAGAAGUAAUUGAUUUUGAUGAGUAAGUGUACUAGACUUUCAGCAUGUAUUUUUCUUUGCACUGUUCUUUCUGCUUCAAAGCUGAUUUUGGUUCAUCUUCUUGUUCAUAGGAGGCCUUGAGACGCCAUAAUGAUGCUCAAGAAUAAUGCCACUUUACCUGUCUCAGUUUUUUUGUAUUGUUCUAGUAUUCGGUAACCUGAUUUUGAGAUCCUAAGGGAAAAGAAGAAGAGAAUACUUGUGAUCAAAUGCAGGUUACCAAAUGCCAGAGCUGCCAUACACUUUUUCUUGGAUUGUUCGCUCGUCUAAGAAUAGGAUGAGUAGCGCAGUGCUGCAGCACCUGACAAAAAACCCUUUUCCUCAUGUGGUCGUAGCUGACUUCGGAGAGGCCUCAGUGCUGCCGGCAGACGAAUGUGGUCUGGGGGAGAGGACGAGAGGCGAGGUAAGAAAUUCCAAAUUUUAUUUGAGGGUCAUGGUCGUAUUUUUUUCCGGUCAUUCCGAAAAUCUUCAGUCCCACCGCCGGCUGCGUUCCGUGGAGCCAUUCCCUACUACUUCGUUCAUGUAGGUUUUUGUUAUAUCGUCCAGCUCGAUACUUCUGCUUCAUCCUUUUCUUUGUUCCAAUCCCGUAACGCUAACAACUCCAAUCUCCUAUCAUCUCUAGUAUAAUUCCAAAAGCAAAGAAAACCACCUAGGACUUAGACUUCGCGAUCGGAUGGUCACAAUCGGGUACGGGAGGUGAGAAGGCGCGUGGCGCGAUUGAACUUCAACCGCCAGAGAUGGCCUUACAGUCGAAUUUGCAAGACCGUGCAAAGGCUAGCUUUGACAGGAGGAAAGGUUACGGAGACAAAGCAUGUUGUAAAUUCUGUCUUGUAGUUCACCCACACCACAGGACAAUAUUUAUUUAAGAAAAAGACAAACAAGAGUAAGAGGCUGAUCCUAAUAUAGAGUAAGCAGUACUACUACAUAGCUUUGCAUCCACCUCCCGUAUUUCCUGUAUAGUGAAAUCCCACCCGAACUUUUGAAGCAAGAGCAACGCCUUCUACUCCACCCAAAUCCCCCUCGAACUUUUGAAGCAAGAGCAACGCCUUCCAAACCAAAUGAACCCAAAUGAACCCUGCUCUAACUUCCGGUCUCCAUCGGCCUCCAAGCGGAUGUGUGGGGUUGUGGGGUGCUUUUCUUCCACGUCCUCACUGGGGGUGCUCCCUUUACAGAAGGGGAAGUAAUGGCCUUUGGGCUAAACCGAAGACUGCCUAUUGUACUUAAGGAGCUGGAACUUCCGUUUGAAUCUAAUUCUUGUAGUUCUUCUAGUUGUGAAAAUUGUGUUUGAAUCUUGUAGUUCUUCCAUUUCUUGAAAAAUGAUCUUGUAGUUCUGGUGCUCAAACCGACGUUUUGAAGGGGAAUAAAAAAGAUCAUGGGUUUCUCUUUUUUGGUUCUAAUGUACAGCCGAAACACGUGAAGAAAUUGGCCUACUCGUCUGUCCUAGAGAAAUUUCUUCGGACCGUCUUAGUACGCGACAUGCAGAACCGACCUAGCAUUCGAGAAGUUCAGAGUGUUUUUUAUUCCGAUCUAUUGCCUGAAUUUUUGUCUACUUCUACGGGUACUACGGAAACUACAACAAGAACUUCAUCCACUGCGGCCAGAGGUCCAUAUAAAGGAAUAUGGAAGGACGAAUCGGAUACGGAUAAAGACGCUUUGAACUACGCGAAUAGUGCAGCUUCCAACCUUCUGUCUUUCCAAGCUGUUGCUCAGGCGAUAAGGAUCAGCUCGCCUUCUUCGUCUCCUUUAUCACAGAAAGCAGCAUCUGCUUCACAGAAUGGAGGAGCAACUGGAAGUGGAGCAAGGUCAUCAGCUUUGUCAUUUUAUGGCUUUAUUUCAUGGUCAGCAUUUUUCCAUUUCCAUUUUUGUUUUUCUCGGCAUGAUCCUGGUCCUCUUUUGCCUUGUGUUCUCAUGAAAUACAAGGUCGGGAAAGGGGUCGAGAUGAGGGGACCAAAAUGGAUUAAAGCUGAGGCUAAUUUAUUAAAGAGGGUUAAAAAGAAUAGACAAUCGUUCACUGAAGAAACUUCGAGAAGAUGUCAGAAUCAAUAUCUUCCAAGCACUAGAAGUAGGGCUCUAGCACUACUAGGGCUAGGCUGCUUCUACUCUCAGUUCAUCAGAUGGUCCAGCUGAAAAUUUUCCAUCUUUCGCCUCUAAUCCUUCUCCCUCUCUACCCAAGACCUACACGAUGCUCCGUUCCUCCGGUCGAAAAAAGCUAUGAUUGACGAAUCCGAACGCAUACGACGCAUUUUCGAGAAGCCUACUUUGCCAACGGUCGUUGUAGAGAAGCAUAAGGUGGCAACCAGACGCAGGAGAGAACAGGACUCUAGGAUAAUAGAAAAUCGGAGAGAACAAAGAAAAUUGAUAGCGGAGAAGAAAUUUGGUGGUUCCAUGAAGGACCGAGGAGGAGGUGGAGGAGGAAUAACAAGUGGUGGAGGAGGAGGUUGUUCUUUAGGAUUAGGACGAGGUCACGACCUCCGACCUGAUGCGUCAAUGGACGCAAGUAUGGCUGGCAGCGGUGGUGGUGGAGGCUUGUGCAUCGAAAACUACGGCUGUUACCAUAUAGAAACACUCAGGUGUGGAUCGUCAUCUUCUUCAAGUUCUUCAUCUUCAAGCGGCUUUCGUACGUUACACGUAGUAGAACAUCUUCAAAGUCAGUUGUACAUCAACAUGGACGAGGACAACGAUCAACAACAGGGCACUGACAGUUCAUUUUCAAGUACGUCAACUCCGAUGCUGACAAUAGAGGACACGGCAUCUUCUGGUCUGGUGAACUUGCUAGGAAAAGACUGCCGAUUGUGCACUUUCCAAACUGCUCCUCCUGAACAAAUUGUGGGUGAAGAUGGUGUCAAGGACAGGCAGAAGAAGUCUAAAAAUCUUCAUGAUCAGGAACCGCAAAACAACAUCAGCAAUACUCAGGGUCGUCAGGUCGUGGAAGACAAACCAGGAGGACCUUCCAACAACUCCAGAGUUGUACAUCCACAUCAAGAGGAGCAGCCAUUUGUUUACUAUUUUCCUCGCGUAGUAGCAUCUCAAGUCUUGCUUUUGGGUGCCGAUUUCGCGUGCCUUCCCGUUGAGAAUAGGACUACCCAACUUCUGUUGGACACGCGCCGUCGCGUCUACUACUGCAAUCCACAACUGGUGAAUGUCAGAGCGUUUGCAACUGCGGAGAGACAGGAGCACCAUCUCCAGGAUCAUGCGAUGAUCGCGAAGCAAAAGGAAAAGCAGGAAGAUGUUUGCGUAUUCCCCGAUCCUCAUAAAUUGAUGGGGAUGCUGAGAGAUGAUUCCUUUUGGAAGUUCUUGCUGCUGGAGCAGGAUGGGACUGAGACGAAUAAGAGGAAGAAUAAAGACUUCUUGAUCUUAGAAGAAGUGUCAUCCUUCGAAACAGCCUCGACCACGGGUGCCAUGCUGCAAUUAUGGCGAAGGUUACUGUACAUCAUGUGAGUGUAGUAAUUUUUCGUUUGAACAUCAAGUAGGAUUAGAUUUUCGCUUCUAUCAUCUUUAUCGAUGACGUUUUUAGCGGUACUGUUGGAGCUGGUCGUGGUCCAUUUUGAAUAAGAAUAAAUCGAAAUGAUCAUACACAGACGAGAUGCAAUUGACACCGAUUGUACUAGGUGAACCGCGACCCCCGACUGUUUCUGUUACUACUUAUAAUACUUCCCCUUCUAAUCCCUCGAAGACUACUAGCGCGACAAGACCCAGCCUCGUACAGCGACGGAAAGGAUACCUCAGAAUUGCAAUUGCAAACGAUUAGGUCCUUCGAGUCGUCUGCUCUCUCGGGUCGUAGGAAAUCGCUGACAAAACUAGGCUUUUCUGCAGAGUCAGCAGAGAGUACAGGAGACCAGCAGAUAAGAGGAGAACAGCUACAGGCUACGACUACAGACGAAGUGGAUGCCUACACAGCUGGCGCGUGCGGUGCUGAGGACACUUCCACUAACUCCCUUGCUUCCACAUUGAAAAACGCACCGUUUCCAUCAGCGAAUCAAGAAGCAAGAGAGCAUUUGCAGUUAGCAUUGCAGCUUCCUGAUUUGCAGGACACCGUACUACACCGAUCGUCAGCAUCCUCAAGUCGCGCAGGGGGAGGAGCUAGUGUGUCGAAGUCAAACGCGUCGCCUAUCGUUGCAGACUCCUUUGCGGACGACAAUUUGUACUCGCCUUUCUUAUGGAUGUUGAAAGAUAAAGUUUUAGAAUCGACUUGAUCUUGAUAAGUACUCAUCGCUGCGCAAGUGGAAUGACAAUGAAUUAUCGGCAUGCCUGCCUUCGAAGGUGAGACCUCUGGGGCUGACAGGGCCACGACAACGCCGGCGCUUAGUUAGUAGUAGAUAAGUACUUCCCUCCUGGCUUUUAUUUUUUCGGUUUUUGCGUUUUCUAGUUAGGCUGGCUCCACCAGUAUUAUCAGCAUGAUCAUAUCAACCUACGACUCCUCGUUGUCCUGUUCUUCUGCUUCAUCCAAAUGUUGAACAAAGUCUGUCAACACUGUCUCUACAACUCAAGUGCUCAUCUAUCUUCAAUGUAGAAGAAGUACUCCUCUCACCCUCAGUGACAAUGUUGAUCCCCUGUUCCUGAUGCCUUGACUCUAAUGCUAGCCCCGUUCCUCGUGUUGCUUCUAGUCUGCUGCGGGAAAAUGAGUGGGUCGUGCCUGCUGACAGUGGAGCAAACCUUAUCUCUGAUGCACAGCGUGUACGCAUGGGACUUGGACAUCUUAACGUCCACCAACAAUGCACGAAUGCUGCUGGCGACAGUUACAGCCUAUGUUAAGGCAGCUACAAGGUGGAAUCUACUCCCAUUUUCAGAGGCAUCGUCCUGUUCCCGUUUAUAAAGAGAAAAGGGGGCCCAAGAUGCUGCUGAAGAUGUGCAAAAAAGGACAGCCAUGAUUAAGAAAUAUUACUGUGGUGCACACCCGCCACGCGGCUGGGUAAUCACCUUAGCUCUAACUGUGUAGAAGAAUACAAAGUGCUGAAGAGAAAACAACAGCAGCAGCAGCAGCAGCAGCAAGUAGUGCAAUCUGUUGGACAAGGACCGGGAGGGAAAGAGCAACAGCUGGUCACUGGAAACGCACAAUUGUGGGAACUGCUCUCUGGCAUUGAUCUUCAAGUGGUCACGAAAUUUUGAUGAGAACUCAAAAAUCGGACUGAUGAGAAGAUGGGGGAUAUUUCUAAUUUUUUUUCCGUAUAUUUUGUAUCAAUCUUUCUAAUCUUGGACUGUCAGGUACUAUAAUUGACAUAGUUGUUACUCAUCUAUCUGAAGGAAUUACUCAUAAUAUGUUCACAGAGUCUUCUCUUCUAAGUAUGUUUUUAUUCGUUGCUGGUCUUCCUUGAUGCUCUACUGCAGAUGAAUACUUGCAGCCUGUAUACUAUAUAUAAUAUUUGAUUUUUGAUCCGUAGAAAAAUUGCGUAUUAACAUCCAUGGUCGUUGAGUAUUUUCGUGGUCGUUUAGUUCAUCUCAGUUUCCGUGACAUUAUGACAUAUGUUGAAGCUGAGGUUGAUCCAAGUGACUUUGUGAAAAUAUGUACAAAGAUACGCAUAGAUACAGGAGGACGAAGGGGAUCUGUUUCUUCUCUUUAGGCGGGUGUAAAAACAAGGAGGUGGUACAAGCUACUACUACUGCUGCUGGCAUCAUUUUUAGUGCAAGAUUUCACCACUAGGUACUAUGCUGAAAGAUUUCACCACUAGGUGCUAUGCUGAAACUGAAUGAGUA